CUCUCUGCGAGAAAGGGAGGCUGGAAGCGCCGGAGGAGCCCCUCUUCGUGCGCAGCGAUGUUGGCCAGCGGGGUUGCGCAGGGGGAGCCUGGAGACAAAGGCUACAUCUGGGGAGUCAAGGCUGAGGGGGAACCAUCAGAAGUAUCACUGGAAAAAGCUGAGGAGCAGAUGCAGGAGCAGAAACUGAAGAGUCAAGAUGGAGCAAAGAGACAAGAGGAGCGACAGAUGCACACAGGGUACAAACCUCAUAAAUGCUUGGAGUGUGGAAAAAGCUUCAGUCGGAGUGACAGCCUUACUUCACAUCAAAGAACUCACACAGGAGAGAAACCUUAUAAAUGCUUUGAGUGUGGAAAGAGCUUCAGUGACAGUAGUGCCUUUAGUAAACAUAGAAGAACUCACACAGGGGACAAACCUUAUAAAUGCUUGGAGUGUGGAAAGAGCUUCAUUCAGAGUGGCAGCCUCACUUCACACCACAGAACACACACGGGAGAAAAACCUCAUAAAUGCUUGGAGUGUGGAAAAAGCUUCAGUCGGAGUACCACCCUUACUUCGCAUCAAAGAACUCACACAUGGGACAAACCUUAUGAAUGCUUGGAAUGUGGAAAGAGCUUCAGUCAGAGUAGCAGCCUUACUUCGCAUCAAAGAACUCACACAGGGGACAAACCUUAUGAAUGCUUGGAGUGUGGAAAGUGCUUCAGUGACAGUAGUGCCUUUAGUAAACAUAGAAAAACUCACACAGGGGACAAACCUUAUGAAUGCUUGGAGUGUGGAAAGAGUUUCAUUCAGAGUGGCAGCCUUACUUCACAUCACAGAACUCACACAGGGGACAAACCUUAUGAAUGCUUGGAGUGUGGAAAGAGCUUCAGUCAGAGUAGCCACCUUAUUUUGCAUCAAAGAACUCACACAGGGGACAAACCUUAUGAAUGCUUGGAGUGUGGAAAGAGCUUCAGUGACAGUAGUGCCUUUAGUAAACAUAGAAGAACUCACACAGGGGACAAACCUUAUAACUGCUUGGAGUGUGGAAAGAGCUUCAGUCAGAGUACCCACCUUAUUUUGCAUCAAAGAACUCACACAGGGAACAAACCUUAUGAAUGCUUGGAGUGUGGAAAGAGCUUCAGUGACAGUAGUGCCUUUAGUAAACAUAGAACAACUCACACAGGGGACAAACCUUAUAAAUGCUUGGAGUGUGGAAAGAGCUUCAGUCAGAGUAGCACCCUUACUUCGCAUCAAAGAACUCACACGGGAGACAAACCUUAUAAAUGCUUGGAGUGUGGAAAGAGCUUCAGUCGGAGUACCACCCUUACUUCGCAUCAAAGAACUCACACGGGAGACAAACCUUAUAAAUGCUUGGAAUGUGGAAAGAGCUUCAGUCACAGUAGCACCCUUACUUCACAUCAAAGGUCUCACACAGGGGAAAAACCUCAUAAAUGCUUCGAAUGUGGAAAGAGCUUCAGUCGGAGUGACAGCCUUACUUCGCAUCAAAGAACUCACACGGGAGACAAACCUUAUAAAUGCUUUGAGUGUGGAAAGGGCUUCAGUCAGGGUGGAAACCUUACUUUGCAUCAAAGAAGUCACACAGGGGACAAACCUUAUAAAUGUCUGGAGUGUGGAAAGACCUUCAGGUGGAGUAGUAACCUUACUGCGCAUCAAAGAACUCACACAGGGGACAAACUUUAUGAAUGCUUGGAUUGUGGAAAGAGCUUCAGUGACAGUAGUGCCUUUAGUAAACAUAGAAGAACUCACACAGGGGACAAACCUUAUGAAUGCUUGGAAUGUGGAAACAGCUUCAGUCAGGGUGGAAACCUUACUUUGCAUCAAAGAAGUCACACAGGGGACAAACCUUAUAAAUGCCUGGAGUGUGGAAAGACCUUCAAUCGGGGUGACCAACUUACUUCGCAUCACAGAUCUCACACAGAGGACAAACCUUAUAAAUGCUUGGAGUGUGGAAAGAGCUUCAGUCAGAGUAGCCACCUUAUUUUGCAUCAAAGAACUCACACAGGGGACAAACCUUAUGAAUGCUUGGAGUGUGGAAAGAGCUUCAGUGACAGUAGUGCCUUUAGUAAACAUAGAAGAACUCACACAGGGGACAAACCUUAUGAAUGCUUGGCGUGUGGAAAGAGCUUCAGUCAGAGUACCACCCUUACUGUGCAUCAAAGAACUCACACGGGAGACAAACCUUAUAAAUACUUGGAGUGUGGAAAGAGCUUCACUCAGAGUACCACCCUUACUUCGCAUCAAAGAACUCACACAGGGGACAAACCUUAUAAAUGUUUGGAGUGUGGAAAGACCUUCAGUCAGAGUGACAGCCUUACUUCGCAUCAAAGAACUCACAUGGAAGACAAACCUUAUAAAUGCCUGGAGUGUGGAAAGACCUUCAGUCGGGGUGAUCAACUUACUUCUCAUCACAGAUCUCACACAUAGGACAAACCUAAUAAAUGUCUGGAGUGUGGAAAGACCUUCAGGUGGAGUAGCUCUUUUACACAACAUCAAAGAACUCAGAAGGGACCAAUGUUAUCGAUGCUUGGAGUGUGGAAAGAGAUUCAGUCAGAGUAGGUACCUUACUUCUCAUCAAAGAAGUGUUACGAUUGCUUGGCUAACCCCAUUUUGGUUCAAGUGGAACCCAGGAGGUGCAAGGCCAGGAACUAUAACUCCCACCCCCACCUCUCACACCCCUGCCCCGCUGGUAUGGCUGGUUAUGAGUUCCACAGGUGUUGUGCGAAGAACAACAAGGGCAGCAUUAAGAAACAGAAUUAACCAAAAGCUACGGCAUAAAUGUUUUCUUCUUUGGCAGACUUCCCUCACUCACCGUACAAUCCUCCAUUGUUCAUUGUAAGGAGCCUUAGUUUUUCAGGGUCAGUAAGAAACUCUCAUGCAGGCACACACACACGCAAAAAAUCAGCAGAUUCCCAGUCCCCUCCUUUGCAGGAGGGGGAGAGUGGAAAAAGUUUUUUAAAAAUGAGGCUUGAAUCUAGAGAGAUAAGGAGAAGGGGGGCCAGAGAGAUCAGAGCUCCAACCUGUGUGCUACGCUCUCAAGGAAUGCAUGGAGGGACUGCAGGGACAGAACCGGGGAGACUCUGGGUCUUGGUGCAAACCCUGGAGACCAAGAGAUUCCUUCCUGGUUUUGGAUCAGAGCUCUUCCACAUAGCUUCAGCUGUAUUCAGCCGCCCAUUCAGGGCCUAGGAGAGGUAAUCAUUCCUACUUUUAAUAGGAAUAGGGUCCUUUAAUCUCUUUAGUUUAAAGUUAUGAAUGGGUUAGGAUAUCAAUGAUUAAUGCUGCCACGCACCCAAGUAAUUCUGUAACGCUGUUCUACUCUUUUUCUCAAUAAAAUCAAGCUUUGCUUUAGUCUGGUUUGGACCUGCAUUUCUUGGGUUAAAUAUAUAUAUACGCACCAUUUAGGCACACUUCAGGGCAAAGCGCUUGUUCUUACCCCUAGCAAGAGAUCCCCCUCCUCUCAAGGAGGUGUGUUUCAUGGGACAGGUAGGUGGCAAGUUCACACACUCUGGUUCCCAAGAGCAAAUGUAAGAGCAAAUAUAAGAGCAAAGGGUUGCAGGAAAUAAAGUAACGUCUGAACAGUCUUGCAAUCCAGGGAAACAGGUAGCCAAGUUCUGAAUGUGUCUGGAAUGGGUGUGAUUUCCUUUUCCUUGAUUAUUAUCCUUUGCUGUCUCUUGGUUUAAAAUAAGUGGGGAAAUGUCCUUUAAAUGCUGUGGUAAUUUAGAGGUUAAGGUAUAGGAAUUCCCUGGCACAUUGUUAUCUCUCUCCUCUUCUGUCCCUGGCAACAAAGCUUUGGCAAACAGUGGCAGCAAUUGUGGCACUGUGUUUGGCCAAAGUUGAUACUGGAUAGAGAAGGUUAACCCAGGAGUGGCCAGAAGCCAGCACCUUUUAAACUGACUGAGGGGGGAAACCCGACAGGAGCUGAGAAAGGUCCGGUUCGGAAUAAACCUCCCGCCUGGGAUAAAAACCAAAGAAAUGAUGAAAUUUUAAAAGAGGUAGCCCUAGAAGUAGGCAUUGUGAGAGCAGGGGCACAGGAUAUAAAUUCAGAAGAGCAAAAUUACCACAGGCCAAACCACAAGUGCCAAAGACACUUGAAGAGAGACACUGCUUACAAGUGCCUGUACGCUAAUGCUAGGAGCCUCCGAACCAAGAUGGGAGAAAUGGAGUGUUUGGUCUUAGAGAAGAGCAUUGAUAUAGUGAGCAUAACGGAGACCUGGUGGAAUGGAGAAAACCAGUGGGAUACGGUUAUCCCUGGAUAUAAACUAUAUCGGAAGGACAGGGAAGGACGUAUUGGUGGCGGAGUCGCUCUAUACAUGAAAGAAGGCAUUGAAUCCAGCAAGCUCAAAACCCAAAAAAAGGCGGACUCCUCCACAGAAUCGUUGUGGGUGGUGAUACCAUGCCCCUGGAGGGACUUAAUACUGGGAACGAUCUAUCGUCCCCCUGAUCAAAAUGCUCAGGGAGACCUUGAGAUGAGAUAUGAAAUUGAGGAAGCAUCCAAACUAGGAAAUGUGGUAGUAAUGGGUGACUUCAACUACCCGGACAUAGACUGGCCGCAUAUGUGUUCCAGUCAUGACAAAGAAGCAAAGUGUCUAGGUAUUCUAAAUGACUAUUCCCUAGACCAGUUGGUCAUGGAACCGACCAGAGGGAUGGCAACCCUGGACUUAAUCCUCAGUGGGGACCGGUGCGAGAUGUAAGUGUUGUUGAACCGAUUGGGAGCAGUGACCACAGUGCUAUUAAAUUAAACAUACAUGUAACUGGCCAAUUGCCAAGAAAAUCCAACACGGUCACAUUUGACUUCAAAAGAGGAAACUUCACAAAAAUGAGGGGAUUGGUAAAAACAAAGCUGAAAAACAAAGUCCAGAGGGCCACAUCCCUUGAAAAUGCUUGGAAGUUGUUUAAAAACACUAUAUUAGAAACUCAACUGGAGUGCAUACCGCAGAUCAGAAAAGGUACCGCCAGGGCCAAGAAGAUGCCAGCAUGGUUGAGCAAAGUCAUGGAAGCUCUUAGAGGCAAAAAGUCUUCCUUCAGAAAAUGGAAGUCUUGUCCGAAUGAAGAAAAUAAAAAAGAACACAAACUCUGGCAAAAAAAAUGCAAGAAGACAAUAAGGGAUGCUAAAAAAUAAUUUGAGGAGCACAUUGCUAAGAACAUAAAAACCAACAACAAAAAAUUCUAUCAAUACAUUCAAAGCAGGAGACCAUCUAGGGAGACGAUUGGACCCUUGGAUGAUAAGGGAGUCAAAGGUGUACUAAAGAACGAUAAGGAGAUUGCAGAGAAGCUAAGUGAAUUCUUUGCAUCUGUCUUCACAGUGGAAGAUAUGGGGCAGAUCCCUGAACCUGAACUAACAUUUGCAGGAAGGGAUUCUGAGGAACUGAGACAAAUAGUGGUAACGAGAGAGGAAGUUCUAAGCUUAAUGGACAAUAUAAAAACUGACAAAUCACCGGGCCCGGAUGGCAUCCACCCGAGAGUUCUCAAAGAACUCAAAUGUGAAAUUGCUGAUCUACUAACUAAAAUAUGUAACUUGUCCCUUGGUUCCUCCUCCGUGCCUGAGGACUGGAAAGUGGCAAAUGUAACGCCAAUCUUCAAAAAGGGAUCUAGAGGGGAUCCCGGAAAUUACAGGCCAGUUAGCUUAACUUCUGUCCCUGGAAAACUGGUAGAAAGUAUUAUUAAAGCUAGAUUAACUAAGCACAUAGAAGAACAAGCCUUGCUGAAGCAGAGCCAGCUUCUGAGGAAGGUUAGCAGUCAUGGAAUAAGAGAGGUCCUCUUGUGGAUAAGGAAUUGGUUAAGAAGCAGAAAGCAGAGAGUAGGAAUAAACUGACAGUUCUCCCAAUGGAGGGCUGUAGAAAGUGGAGUCCCUCAAGGAUCGGUAUUGGGACCUGUACUUUUCAACUUGUUCAUUUAUGACCUAUAAUUAGGAGUGAGCAGUGAAGUGGCCAAGUUUGCUGACGACACUAAAUUGUUCAGGGUUGUUAAAACAAAAAGGGAUUGGGAAGAGCUCCAAAAAGACCUCUCCAAACUGAGUGAAUGGGCGGAAAAAUGGCAAAUGCAAUUCAAUAUAAACAAGUGUAAAAUUAUGCAUAUU